CCGAUUCCUCCUCCUCCUCCUCCCCCCUGCUCCAUGAUUUUGUUGGCCUUCCCUUUCCUCUCCGAGCGCUCUGCUUCUGCGGUUCUGGCUUUGCGUUUGCACGAUACCGACGCUAGGGCAACCAGCGGUGGUACUUUCCUCAAGAUUUUCUUUGUCGAGGGUAAAGUUUGGUUCGGGGACGACGCCACACAGGACCACCGCCAUGGUGACUUCUUCUGCUACUGGUGUGCAGUGCAGAGCCUCUCGUGUGGUGUCUGUCUGUUGAGCAUGUUUCGGACUGGACCGAGCUCACUUCGUUUCCUUUACAAGCGAAGACAUGUAUUCCCCCACGCGACGCGGCGUACUGCCUCUGUAGUUCGCAUUUCGAGCGGGCAUUUCGAGCACAGCCUCCCGUGCCGCGCCCAUUCAGGAGGGUUCUGUGCUUUCUGUCAAUGAACUGCAGUUACAGUAGUGUUCAUCUUCAAUAGGGUUUCUGUUCGAUUUCCUUCAUCCGUGUCUUUUCUGGAAUCGCCGUCUUGUCUCCGUGCAAUUCUUUAAGGUCCCAUGCCCGUACCCGAAUCACCGUGCGGCGAUUUCUUGGUGCCGUAUGAGUAAAUGCCAGGUUUCUGCACAUGAACAACAUCCGCGAAAAAAGUCGCAUCCUUUCACUGCAUUCAGGGCCUGAGGGUCAGGGGGUGCUGGUCUCACUCCACUUUCGUUAGGAACUGCGAGAGUGAUGCGCUCAAGGAUCCGCAUCCGCGACAAUGGCUUCGCUGGUGCCGGGCGUCCUGGUGAAGCUCCUGCAGCACAUGAACACGGGCGUGAAAGUCGGCGGCGAGCACCGGUCCUCGCUCCUCCAGGUGGUCAGCAUCGUGCCGGCCCUCGCCGGGAGCGACCUCUUCACCAACCGAGGGUUCUACCUCAAGGUGUCGGACUCGUCCCACGCGACCUACGUCUCCCUGCCAGAGGAGCAGCACGAUCUCAUCCUGAGCGACAGGAUCCAGCUGGGCCAGUUCGUCCACGCGGACCGUCUCGAGGCGGCCACUCCCGUCCCCAUCCUCAGAGGGGUCCGGCCGGUCCCUGGUCGCCACGCCUGUGUCGGCACCCCCGAGGACCUCGUGCUGACCGCCUCCUCGUCGAACUCUCACGGCGGCGGCAAGAACAAGAAGGCGCGACCGUCGAAUGCGAAAACGAAGGACGCCAGCGCCAGCGUCCUGUCGCUAGACAAGGAAUCGAGCAAGCUGGAGAAGAUAAACGCCUCGCGCAAGCCUACCGCUACCGGGGCGGAAAACAAGAAGCCGACGCUCACCAGAUCCAACUCUUCGCUGCCAAGAGAAGCUCUGGAUGGGAGGAUCGGUGAUGACAAGGUAGCGGCGGUUAAGUCAAAAAAGGUGAAGCCAGGUGUUACUAGGUCCACACCUUCGUCACCAACCAGCGUCUAUUCUCUGCCUGCGUCGUUCGACAGGUUCUCGAAUGACCUGAAGCAGAGGAACAGAGUGAAAGGAGCGGAGAAUAAAGCUUCGUCUUCCUCUAGGCUUUCAUUGUUGGAAAAGGCCGCUUCUGUUUUGAAGGCCACUAGUGCCGCCGGGAGAGUGUCCUCUGCUGGCAUUCCGAUCGGUAGCUCUGUGCUGAGCAUUGGAUCGUCAGGGCCAAAGGCCCUGAGAAGAAGCUGGGAAGGAAACACGGAUGUUAAAGGGAAAGGAAAACCAGAAUCGAGGACAGCCAAACCUGACAGGAAGUCUGAUAGCAAGAUUCCAAUGACUCCUAGACGGAAAUCACCAGUGGAUGAGAAGGUGGCGCCACAUAAAGAUGACAACAGUCAGAAAGCUGCUAGGAAGAGCACCACAAGUGCUCCCGCCUCAGACGACGCUGCUGACAAAGCAGUGAAGAAGAAGCAUAUUCCUACAGCGAAGAGAACUUCCGGGGGUUUAGGGAACUGGAGUGUCACAAAUCUAGUGAAGAUUCCUCCCAGCAGCAGAAAACUAGCAGACGUUAGCGCUUCAUGGACAUCACUCCCGCCAUCACUUGCCAAGCUAGGAAAGGAGCUUCUCAGGCACAGGGAAUCAGCACAGAUAGCUGCUGUUGAAGCCAUGCAAGAAGCUUCCGCUGCAGAGAGCUUGCUGAGAUGUUUGAGCUCGUACGCGGAGGUGAGCUCCACGGCGGAAGAGCAGAACCCGCAGCCAGCCGUAGAGCAGUUCCUCACCCUCCACGCCGCGCUCUCGCGCGCCACGGUGAUCACCGACACCCUCGCCAAGUCUGCCACAUCUGCAGCCUCGCCAGAUUGCUCGGCAGCCAGCGACGCUGGGACGGUGUGUUCCGCUACCGACGAGGAGGCCGCUGCCAUCACGGCCGAGCGCCGGCGCCGAGCUACGUCCUGGGUGAGCGCCGCUCUCGCCACGGACCUGUCCGCCUUCGGCAUCUACAAGCUCAAACCGCCCCCCGCCACCGUGUCCUCGCCGCUGGCCGUGGUCGUCGUGGACGAGCCCGCGAAGCUGGCGGCGGCCGCGGCUACGAAAUCGUCGCCGUCGCCGAAGUCGCGGCUGUCCCCCGCGAAGGGGAAGGCGAGGACGGGCGCUGCUGCGGCUGCAGGAGCGCUGGCCACGACGCCCGCGCCGCCGGAGUGGGAGAGGGGAGGAGGGGCCGAGGAGAGGGGCGAACUGGCGACGCGGCUGGGAGAGGAGUCAAGGGGCUGGUUCCUCGGCUUCGUGGAGCGGUUCCUGGACGCCGACGUGGCGGCGACCGCGCAGUGGGACCGCGAGCGCGCGGCCAGGAUGCUCCCGCAGCUAAAGCGUGUCAACGACUGGCUCGGCGAGAUCGGGAAGCGCAGCGAGACCGAGACUUCGUCGCUGCCGCCGGCCGACGCGGACGGUGAGGCGACCACCACGAGCACCGCCCCCGUCCCCUCGAACGGCGGCUGCGGGGUACCUGAGGAAACGAUAGAGCGGCUAAGGAAGAAGAUCUACGAGUAUCUCCUCACCAAUGUCGAUUCUGCCGCCGCGAUGCUCGGAGGCGGCGGGCUGGCCGCGCCGACGAAUGGGAAGAAAGGCUGACGCGUGGGUAGAGGUCCUAAUUGGGCCGUUAGUAGUGUGAAAUUUUAUUGGGCCAAAAAUGGGCUGGGUUAACUAAUGUAGGCUUCGUUUCUGUUGUUUCUUUGUUGGGCUUUGAGCAUUUCAGCUUCUCUUGGUUUCUUAUUUUGGUCACAGAAAAAAGAAAGGCGGUGAGAUAUUGACUUGUAUUUAUCACUGAUGUCGACUGGGUGACUCUGGAUUAUGGAGUAUUGCUCCAUUGGAUAGUUUUCUGCAUUUCGAGACAGGAAAGUGGUUUUCUGCGGAACUGUUCGGUCGGUCAUUCUGAAUGGAUAAUUUCGUCA